AUGAAGCAGGAGCUGAGUCGAGUGAAGGUGGGUCCGCCCGAGGACUUUGAAAGCUUCUUGGUGCUUGUCAUACACCAGGCCGUCUUUGAUAAGAUCACCGAGGCCAUCGAUGCAGCGAACAAUGACAGUCAACCCGAGCUCGUCACGGGAGAUCACCUUCUAUUUGACCAAGAGCUAUUCGGUCCCGUGGUGGUGGGUUACGUCUAUCCUGACACCCAAUUCGACCAGCUCUUGGGCAAUAUUGACAAACAAGGAGGCGGGCUUGCACUCACCAGGUCCAUUUUCGCUACUGAUCAAGCAGCCAUCUGA